AUGAACUCAGCUUUGAAUGUAAAAGGGAUCAUUCUGCGGGCCUUUGAGCAGUUCAGACUAAAAUCAUGCGUCGACUUCAAGCCCAGAGGCUCUGAGUAUCACUUCAUUUCAGCCCAGAAGAACAGAGGGUGUUCCUCCCACGUAGGGAGAUCUUCCAAGUAUGGACAGCCUCUUUCCAUUGGAAAUUACUGUGAUCAUAUUGGCAUUGUGGAGCAUGAGUUUCUACACGCUCUGGGAAUCUGGCAUGAACAGUCCAGAUAUGACAGGGAUGAAUGUGUAACCAUUGUUUGGAAAAACAUCAAAUGUGGUCAUGAGAGGAACUUUGUAAAAGUCUCUCAUUCGACCACCCUAGGUUUCCCGUAUGACUACAGCUCGGUGCUACAUGACAGUGAGAGAUCAUUCAGCAAGGGAAAGGGACCCACCAUCAUCACUAAGCAGCCUGAGUACCAAAAAAUGAUUGGACAACGCCUUAAAAUGAGCCCACAAGAUGCCUUGAUGCUCAACAAGCUAUACAGAUGCAGUAAGUGUGUGUCUUGAAAAGAAGCAGGUCUACUGUACCGUAUGUCCAAGUUGAAAAACAUGUAUA